AUGAAAGUACAAGCUAACGAUGAAAUUUCAUUAGAUGAUCUUGCUAAGAAAUAUACAAUAGUUUCAAAAAUUUAAAGAAUAAAGGGAAACAUCUAGAAAUAAGAUAAAUAAAAGAAAGGCGUCAUUCGUAGAACUGGAAACUAUAGAUAAAGGAAAAUCAAUAAAAUUCCUGAGUUUAAAAAAAGAAUAGUAAAAGCUUAUAAUUUAGCUCCAAAUAUAACAAAUGAAGAUUUUUACACUUUAUUUGUUAAAUAUGGAAUGGUUUAAAAAGCUAGUAUUGAUGUAGAUUAAAAGGGAAAGUCUUAAGAAAUAGGUAUUGUUAUUUAUAAAGAACAUCAUGCAGCUUAACGGGCUAUUGAUGAUUUAAAUGGAGUUGAAUUAGAAUAGCGAAUAAUCACUGUCGAAUUCAUGAAAGAAGGAGGAGGUUUUAAAGAUAGAAAUAAGUUUAGAUAUGAUAGAAUUUAAGGAGUUAAGAAAAGAGGCUUUUUCAAAAAUAAUAAAAAAUUUUAAAAAGAAAAUGACUUUAAGAGAAAUAAUAG